AUGGCCCAGCAGUGGGGCCCUCAGAGGUUUGCAGGUGGGCAGCCGCAGACCAGCUUCGAGGACAGCACGCAGGGGAGCGUCUUCACCUACACCAACAGCAACUCCACCAGAGACCCCUUCGACGGCCCCAAUUACCACAUCGCCCCCAGAUGGGUGUACCACCUGACCAGCGUCUGGAUGGUCUUCGUGCUCAUCGCCUCCAUCUUCACGAACGGGCCCGUGCUGGCAGCCACCAUGAAGUUCAAGAAGCUGCGCCACCCUCUGAACUGGAUGCUGGUGAACUUGGCCGUCGCUGACCUGGCGGAGACGGUCAUUGCCAGCACCAUCAGCGUUGUGAACCAGAUGUACGGCUACUUUGUGCUGGGCCACCCCUUGUGCAUUGUGGAGGGCUUCACUGUCUCCUUGUGUGGGAUCACCGGUCUCUGGUCCUUGGCCAUCAUUUCCUGGGAGAGGUGGAUGGUGGUCUGCAAGCCCUUCGGCAACGUGAGAUUUGAUGCCAAGCUGGCCAUUGUGGGCAUUGCCUUCUCCUGGAUCUGGGCUGCUGUGUGGACAGCUCCACCCAUCUUUGGCUGGAGCAGGUACUGGCCCCACGGCCUGAAGACGUCGUGCGGCCCGGAUGUGUUCAGCGGCAGCUCUUACCCCGGGGUGCAGUCUUACAUGAUCACGCUCAUGAUCACCUGCUGCUUCAUCCCGCUCAGCGUUAUCGUGCUCUGCUACCUGCAAGUGUGGCUGGCCAUCCGAGCGGUGGCGAAGCAGCAGAAAGAAUCCGAAUCCACCCGGAAGGCGGAGAAGGAGGUAACCCGCAUGGUGAUGGUGAUGAUCUUUGCGUACUGCCUCUGCUGGGGGCCCUACACGUUCUUUGCGUGCUUCGCCGCUGCCCACCCUGGCUACGCCUUCCACCCUCUGGUGGCCGCCCUGCCAUCCUACUUCGCCAAAAGUGCCACCAUCUACAACCCCAUUAUCUAUGUCUUUAUGAACCGGCAGUUUCGAAACUGCAUCUUGCAGCUUUUUGGGAAGAAGGUGGAUGACAGCUCUGAACUCUCCAGCGUUUCCAAAACAGAGGCCUCAUCUGUCUCUUCGGUGUCACCUGCCUGA